AUGAUUACUAUUCAUCCUAAUUAUAGUAAUAUUGCUUCAUCAAUUUUAAUAAUGAAACUUCAUAAAUCUCUAAAAUUUACAUUUUCUGAAACGAUGUCUUAUUUUCAUUCUAAUGGUUUAAUUGCUGAUCAUUACAUGAAAUAUAUAAAAAAACAUGCUACUCAUUUUGAUUCUAUGAUAAAAUUUGAAUACGAUUUUUCGUUCAAUUAUUUUGGAAUAAAAACUCUUUUAAAAAAUUAUUUAUUGCGGUUUGGUGAUGUUAUGGAAACACCUCAGUUUAUGUUUAUGAGAGUUGCUAUUUCAAUAUGGAUUGGUUAUGAUGUCUAUGAUGAUAUAAAACAAGUUUAUUGUGAUCUUGCUCAAGGUUUAUAUAUUCAUGCAUCACCAACUUUAUUUUCUGCAUGUACAAAAAAACAACAAAUGGCAAGUUGUUUUUUGUUAUCCGUUGAAUCCGAUAGUAUAGAUGGUAUUUUUUCAACUUUAAAAAAAUGUGCCAUUAUAUCUCAAUCUGCUGGUGGUAUUGGUUUGAAUGUUUCAAAUAUUCGAGCAACAAAUGCACAAAUUUCAUGUACUGCUGGUGUCUCAAGUGGAAUUAUACCCAUGUUAAAAAUUUUUGAUGCAACAGCGCAUUACGUUGAUCAAGGUGGUAAACGACCCGGUUCAAUUGCUGUUUACCUUGAACCAUGGCACCCAGAUAUUUUUGACUUUUUAUUAUUAAAAAGAAAUAGUGGUGGUGUCGAAGAAAAUAAAACUCGUAAUUUAUUUCUGGGUUUAUGGAUACCUGAUAUUUUUAUGCGUCGUGUUGAGGAAGAUGGCGAUUGGUGUUUGAUGUGUCCAAAUAAAAAUCCUUUAUUGUAUGACACAUAUGGUGAAUCUUUUGAAAAAAUUUAUAUUGACAUUGAAAAUAGUAAAAAUUUUGUUAAAAAAGUGAAAGCUCGUGAUUUGUUUAAGGCAAUUUUAAUAUCUCAAGUUGAAACUGGUGUUCCAUAUAUGCUUUAUAAAGAUACUUGCAAUCGUCGCUCAAAUCAAAAUAAUUUAGGUACAAUACGUGGAUCUAAUUUGUGUACUGAAAUUAUACAAUACACCAAUUCAAAGGAAAUCGCUGUUUGUAAUUUAGGAUCAAUUGCUUUAAACAAGUGUGUUGAGAAUGGUGUUUUUAAUUUUUAUAAAUUGCAAUUGCGCGUUCGAAGUCUCACGGAAAAUUUAAACUCCAUCAUAAAUAAAAAUAAUUAUCCAGUAAAAGAAGCUAAAUAUUCAAAUCUCCAAAAUCGCCCACUUGGUAUUGGUGUUCAAGGAUUGGCUGAUACUUUCGCAAUUCUACGUUAUCCAUUCGACAGUGACGAGGCUCGUGAGUUGAAUAAAUUAAUUUUUGAAACUAUUUAUUAUACAGCAUUAGAUUCAAGUGUAGGUUUAGCGUUUACAUUUGGUGCUCCGUAUCCUAGCUAUCAUCAAAAUGGUGGUUGUUUAGUUAGUAGGGGUAUUUUGCAUUUUGACACAUCUAAACAACAAUGCACCCUAUCUGGUCUCUACGAUUGGGAUUCUUUGAGAGAAAAAAUUAAAAAAUAUGGUAUUAGAAAUUCUUUAUUAGUUGCCCCAAUGCCAACUGCUUCUACAUCUCAAAUUUUAGGAAAUAAUGAAUCUUUUGAACCGUUUACAAGUAAUAUUUACAGUCGUGGAACUUUAUCUGGAAGUUUUCAAAUGAUUAAUAAAUAUUUGGUUGCCGAGUUAGAAGGUCUUGGAAUUUGGAAUGUCGAUUUAAAAAAUAAAAUUAUACUAGAAAAUGGAUCAAUACAGAAUAUCAAAGAAAUACCAGCUGAUAUCAAAGCAUUAUUUAAAACAUCAUGGGAAAUGUCACAAAAAAAAUUAAUUGAUAUGGCUAUUGAUCGAUCACAUUUUAUCGAUCAAUCUCAAUCACUUAACAUACAUAUGCUUGAGCCGAAUUAUAAUAAAUUAUCGUCUAUGCACUUUUAUGCUUGGAAAAAUGGAUUGAAAACUGGUUUGUAUUAUUUACGUACGAAACCAUCGGUUCAACCUACUCAAUUUAGUAUUGAUAUUUCUACUGUAAAGAAUGCGAAGGAAAUGUCUGAUUGUAAUGAUGAUGUUUGCAUUUCUUGUAGUUCAUAA